AACGUUUAGCAUAUUUGAAGCCAGCCUCGGUCUGCCAGAGAAGAGACUCCCCUCCCCUUGCUUCUGCCAUCAAGGAUAAAAAUCAUAAGUGGAGAAACAAUGACUGAAAGCAAUGGAGUCAGAAAUUCAUCAAAAGCACAGAACAUUGUGAAAGAUCCUGGAACAGGGCAAGAAGAUUCCUCAGCACCUCUCUGGACCGCAUCUGCUGAUGGGCUGGUUAAGCUAAGGAUGGACUCCACAUGCUUGCAAACUCCAAUAACUGUUCAUCAGAUGUUCCAAGAAUCCCUAAAAAAAUAUGGGUCUCUCUAUGCGAUGGCCAGCAAAAAGGACGGGAAGUGGGAAAAGGUUACCUUUUCAGAGUAUUACAGUCUUUCUCGCAAAGCAGCAAAAAGCUUCUUGAAGCUCGGUCUUGAACAAUUCCACAGCGUAGCGAUACUUGGGUUCAAUUCCGCAGAAUGGUUCAUUUCGGCAGUAGGAGCUGUUUUUGCCGGUGGCAUAGUGACUGGGAUCUACACCACCAGUUCUCCUGAGGCCUGUCAUUAUAUUGCUCAUGACUGCAGAGCUAAUAUCAUUGUGGUGGAAAACCAGAAACAACUGGACAAAAUAACCCAGAUCUGGAAUCAUUUACCACACCUGAAGGCUGUAGUGAUGUACAGAGAUCCUUCAACUGAGAAACAUCCCAAUUUGUACACAAUGGAUGAAUUUAUGGAGUUGGGCAAUGAGGUGCAGGACAGAGAGCUGGACGCAAUCAUUAACUCCCAAAAGCCGAAUCAAUGUUGUGUUCUGAUAUACACUUCCGGAACAACUGGGAAGCCCAAAGGAGUGAUGCUGAACCAUGACAAUAUAACCUGGACAUCGGCACAUGCUAGCCAGGCAGGUGACAUGCAGCCAGCUGAAAUCCAGCAGGAGACCAUCGUCAGUUACCUUCCACUCAGCCACAUCGCUGCCCAGAUAUAUGACCUGUGGACUGGAAUCCAGUGGGGAGAGCAGGUUUACUUUGCAGAACCAGAUGCCUUGAAGGGAGGCUUGGUGGAUGUUCUGAAAGAGGCACUGCCCACCUCACAUAUGGGAGUUCCUCGGGUGUGGGAGAAGAUCAUGGAAAAGAUCAAAGAUGUCUCUUCUCAGUCUGGAUUUGUGAAGAAGAAAAUCCUCUCUUGGGCUAUGUUGGUUAGCUUGGAACACAACCUGAGCUGCUCCAAUAGUGAUUUAAAGCCCUUUCGAAUGAGAUUAGCAGACUCUUUGGUCCUUGCUAAAAUCCGCCAUGCCCUGGGCCUUUCUCGGUGCCAGAAGCACUUCUGCGGAGCUGCACCUCUCCCUGCUGAAGUGCUGCAGUUCUUCCUCAGCCUGAACAUCCCCUUGUAUGAAGCCUAUGGGAUGAGUGAGACCACCGGCCCGCACUGCAUGUCUGGCCCGACCAUUUACCGACGAUACAGCUGCGGCAAGGCAGUCCCGGGUUGCAAAGUGAAGUUAAUGAAUGAGGAUGAGCAUGGCAACGGGGAGAUUUGCUUCUGGGGACGGACUGUUUUCAUGGGCUAUUUAAACAUGGAGGACAAGACUAGGGAAGCGGUUGAUGAAGAUGGCUGGUUGCAUUCCGGAGACCUUGGGAAGAUAGACAGGGAUGGGUUUCUCUAUGUCACUGGAAGAAUUAAGGAGAUCAUUAUUACAGCUGGGGGUGAAAACAUCCCUCCUGUCCCCCUCGAAGAUGCUGUCAAGAGGGAACUGCCUGUCGUUAGCAAUGCCAUGCUGAUCGGAGAUCAGAAGAAGUUCUUGUCGAUGUUACUGACUUUAAAGUGUGCAAUGGAUCCUGAAACAUCUGAGCCUACAGACAGCCUGACCCAAGAAGCCAGAGAGUUUUGCCAGAAAGUUGGCAGCAAAGCCCCGAAUGCAUCUGAGAUUGUGAGGAUAAAAGAUCAGGCUGUUUAUCGGGCCAUCCAAGAGGGCAUAGACAGAGUCAACUUGCAUGCCAUCACUAAUGUUCAGCGCAUUCAGAAGUGGGCAGUCCUAGAAAAGGAUUUUUCCAUUUCUGGUGGAGAAUUUGGUCCGACAAUGAAAUUAAAGCGGCAAGCUGUUGUUGAGAAGUACAAAGAUGAAAUUGAUUCUUUUUACACAAAUUAAAGACAGCAGUCCAGAACUCCUAUCCAGAUUUCAACAAAAUAUGAAACGCAUCUUCUGUAGAAUAUGCAAGACCAUCUUUCAAAGGGAGCUGUUUGACAUCGCCACCAUUUUGAAGAGGCGCAUGGAGUUCUUAUGAAGAUACUUAUGGAGUUCUCACAAGUGACACCAACAGCAUAUUCUGGGCUCCAGUGCGCCACUUCCAGAUGUUGCUAAUUUGGCUACAGAAACCAGAAAGUGCCAGUCGCCAAUCCACUAUACAUUCCAGUUUAAUGUCAAUUUUCAUUCAGCUUAUAGAUGGGUAUGGACCAAUCUGUCAAUUCCUGUUUCUCCGUUUUUCCCAGUCUUAAAUUCAGUUUGCCACAUUUCCUCAUGUUCGUGGGUUUUUUUAAAAAGAGUCCUUACUAAAAUUAUCAGCAUUUUAGUGUGAAUUUAUCCUAAUACAGAUAUUUUGUAUGCAUUUUUACAUGCAAGUAUAAUGCAGUUUGGUGUUAAUUUUCACUAAUAUAUGCAUUUUUAUUCACACUUUCCCUAAUGUACAUAUUUUGCAUAGUUUUUGGCUGGAGAACAGCACUGCAAAAUUCAGAGAAACAUAAUUUCUAAGGAAAGCUGCAUUUUCCUGAAAUGACUGCUUUUAUCAGUGACUAUUUCAAGACUCAAUAUUGAGUGUGACCAACUUAAUCUUCACAAGGAUAUUUGCUGCCCAUGGCUCCUUUGGGAGGAAGGGUGGGAUAUAAAUUCAAUAAACAGUAAUUAAUGAUGCCAUUAAAGAUGUCCAUGUGAAAGAAAGGAUGUGCCAAUGGAUUGAAAGGACAUGCAAAAUCACAUUCUUCCUGGAGAGGAAACUCAGGCUGUCCUAACUUGACUGGUUAACCAUAACAAAACAAUCUAGUUCAGUGGUUCCUAAACUUUCCUUGCCCCACAGAACACUUGAAAGUUGCCGAGGGUCUUGGUGGGCCACUUAAUUAUUUUUCUGCCUGCUGUAGCAAUUGUAAUGCACUGUGCUAGAUAUUGCAUGAUUUUUAGUUGUAUUUUUACAGACAUGCCACGGUCCACCUGAAUGACACCUGCAGGCCAGUUUGGGAACCUCCCAUCUAGCUACAUUUUGGUUUCCAUAUUGUUUUGAGGAGUGGGAAUUAGGUAGGGUCUCAUUAAAAUGUGAACCAAACUGUUUUUAUAUUCCAUCUCUAUUUACAGAUGCUGGAAAGGGAAAUUGAUAGAUUAGAGUGAAAAUGCUUAGCUGUGCAGAAACAGCACUCCUUCCUCUUUGACACUUUUCUUUGUUAAAACUUUUUAAAAUACGUUUUUGUCUUUUAGCAAAUGAAACUGAACAUACUAAUUUUUACUAAAUAC